AUGGACACGGCUAAAGGCGGGGUGGUGCUUGCCGGUGUCUGUAUUGGAAUGUGGAUGGUGGCCACUGCCCUCUGUUUGUCUCGCACUCCUUUGCUGCUGGAGGACCGCCAUAGUCCUAUUGCAUCACCGCUAGUAAUGGUGAAGGUUGUCAUUCUCGUUCUGCUCGUUCUUUGGGCGCUCUGUUAUGCGGGGCUGGGCGAGCUUGGCUUGCUCUUUUCGGAUGCAUACUGGCGUAUUAUACCCGCCUGCAUUUUCCACAUACUCGUGCUUCAGCUCCUGCGGCCAAUGGCGGUGAUGCUUUUUUGCGUCGUGAUCUCCACGCCGGCGUCCUGUUUGCAGAGUGCGGUGCAUGCCAAUGCAAGGCGAGAGAUGUCCCCAUCUAACCAACAGGCGGAUUGUGUGGCGAUGUUGCCAGUGGAUACGGGAGAAAAGUUCCAUGUGCCGUACCUGCGCCGCGAGGGGUUAGUUGGCGUGGACUUUCGCGGGACGUGCUCGGUGGGCGAGGAACUGGAUUCCGUAAGGCAGUCACGGAACCUGCCUGGUGUGGCUGGGGAAUUCACACACCUAACGGAUCCGAGUUGUGCGUCUGUGACGAAUACAGAGGGCUUAGAACUUGUCGACAGCAUACCUUUGACGAAGUGCGGCGAUAUUCACUACUCGCAGCUUAGUCAUAUUAUUAACACGGCAAAGGUAUUAGGCAGCGUCGACGGAGACAGCACGGGGCGGCCACUGCCGGGAGGAUGGGACCCGUCCCAAGUGAAGGGACCUGUGGGUGGGAAGCUGCAACAGGAAAGCAAUGGUAGUGAGGUUUUGCCAGUUUAUCCGGUCAAUGCGAAGGCGAAGGCGUCAGAAGAGGUUGCAGACUACAAUAUUUAUAGCGAUGAGUGCAGCGGCAUGCAUGUGCCUCCUAGCCGACGUUGUAGUAGGGUUCUUUCUGCUUUCGGCUACUGGCUUAUUGGUCGCCUGCCGCCCGUGGGUGUCGUGGGGAUGCAGAAAGACGCAACGGAGCAGUGGUCGCGUCUCUUACUGUGGCGAGUAGCGCUGCGCAUGCAGCCGCUUAUUUUUGUGUGGUGUAUGUCCAUCGGCCUGAGCUCCGUCUUUGUCGCAUUUUUGCUGAUGGACAAUGUGCGUGGCUGCAUGGAACGUAACUCAGAGAUCUCUGUGUGCCGAACCUCUGGCAUGGAAGGUUUAACCCCGCCACGACUGCAUCUCCCUCGCUCCCUCAGUAUUAUAGCACUUGUAGACAACGCACUGUUGCUUUUGCUGUGGGUUGUAUGCGGUGUGGAAUGUCUCAGCCACAUUGGCAAUGUCAUGACAAAGCAGAGCUUUGCACGCACCUACGUUAUGGGGGCGUUGGUGCUGAUCUUGCAUACGUUGUAUGAUUCUGUGGAGCUAUUUGAUGAGCUCCGGUACAAUGGACUGGUGGCCGUGGUGAUGCUCACACUGAGGAACGUGUGCGACAUUGUCUUGGUUGUGCUGAUUGCACUGCGCCUGGGCAACAGCAACAGACGGAUGCCGUGGUGGGAGCGCUUUAGCGAGUCGUUGUGGCAUAAGGUGACCAAGACCACGGGGUGA